GUUUUACUGGGAUUUGACCAUGCUGCUUCUGAUGGUUGGCAACCUCAUCAUCAUCCCCGUCGGCAUCACAUUCUUCAAAGACGAGCACACACCCCCCUGGAUUGUGUUCAACGUGGUCUCCGACACCUUCUUCCUCAUGGACCUGGUUCUCAACUUCAGGACGGGUAUCGUCAAGGAGGACAACACGGAGAUCAUCCUGGAUCCGCAGCAGAUCAAGAUCAAGUACUUGCGGAGCUGGUUUGUGGUGGACUUCAUAUCCUCCAUCCCUGUGGACUACAUCUUCCUCAUCGUGGAGACGCGCAUCGACUCGGAUUUCUACAAGACGGCGCGCGCCUUGCGGAUUGUCCGCUUCACCAAGAUCCUCAGCCUGCUGCGACUCCUGCGCCUCUCCAGACUCAUUCGCUACAUCCACCAGUGGGAGGAGAUCUUCCACAUGACCUAUGACCUGGCCAGCGCCAUGGUGAGGAUAGUCAACCUGAUCGGCAUGAUGCUGCUGCUGUGUCACUGGGAUGGCUGCCUGCAGUUCCUGGUGCCCAUGCUGCAGGACUUCCCUGCCGACUGCUGGGUGUCCAAAAAUAAGAUGGUGAAUGACACAUGGGGACAGCAGUACUCCUACGCACUUUUCAAAGCUAUGAGCCACAUGUUGUGCAUUGGGUAUGGCAUGUACCCCCCGGUGGGCAUGACAGACGUGUGGCUGACCAUCCUCAGCAUGAUUGUGGGCGCUACCUGCUACGCCAUGUUCGUGGGCCACGCCACCGCGCUAAUCCAAUCUCUGGACUCAUCUCGACGGCAGUACCAAGAGAAGUACAAACAGGUGGAGCAGUACAUGUCCUUCCACAAGCUGCCGGCAGAUAUGAGGCAGAGAAUCCACGACUACUACGAGCACCGUUACCAGGGCAAGAUGUUCGACGAGGAGAGCAUCCUGGGAGAGCUUAACGAGCCGCUCCGAGAGGAAAUCAUCAACUUUAACUGUCGAAAGCUGGUGGCAUCCAUGCCUUUAUUCGCCAACGCUGACCCCAAUUUUGUCACCUCCAUGCUCACCAAGUUGAAGUUUGAGGUGUUCCAGCCCGGGGAUUACAUCAUCAGGGAGGGCACCAUUGGCAAGAAAAUGUACUUCAUACAACACGGGGUUGUCAGCGUGCUAACCAAAGGCAAUAAAGAGACCAAGCUCUCCGACGGCUCCUACUUUGGGGAGAUUUGUUUGCUGACGCGGGGCAGAAGAACAGCCAGUGUCCGAGCCGACACAUACUGUCGUCUGUACUCGCUGUCUGUCGACAACUUCAACGAGGUACUGGAGGAGUAUCCUAUGAUGAGAAGAGCCUUUGAGACUGUAGCCCUGGACAGACUGGACCGCAUUGGCAAGAAAAAUUCCAUCCUGCAGCACAAGGUGCAACACGACCUCAGCUCUGGUGUGCUCAACUACCAGGAGAACGAGAUCAUCCAGCAGAUUGUGCAACACGACAGGGACAUGGCCCACUGCGCCCACCUCUUGCAAAACGCCCCACCCCAGACGCCUCCCUCACCUACCCCGGUCAUCUGGGCCCCCCUCAUCCAGGCACCUCUCCAGGCAGCAGCUGCCACCACUUCAGUAGCCAUCGCCCUAACACACCAUCCCCACCUUCCACCAACGCUCUUCAGACCUCCAGUUUCUGUUCUGGGAUCCCUAAAAGAUCCUCCCAGCCGACUGAAGAAGUUCCACACAUUUGUUCCUUCAUCCACUGCUCCUGGCUCUGCUGGGGACUCUCCUUCUAGCACACCUUCUAAGCUGCGCACUGGGGUAGACAUGCCAUUGCUGGCCUCUUUUCGGGCACAGCACAUGUCAUCAGGUUCAGGGGCAACUGGCUCGAGCCAAAAUGCCUCAGGUAGCGGAGGCCAGCGUGGACCAGGUGGAGCCGGGUCUGGGUCCAGUGGCGGCGGCGCCUCUGUCUUCCCCUUCGGUCCGUACUCAUCAUCUGGUUCACCUUCAUCUAGCACAGCCCAGCUACACCCACAACCACAGCAUCAACAACCUUUUCGCUCCAGCACUCCACCUCUCUCAAACCUCUUCCACCAAGGAUCUAUAUGUGGAAGCACAGGGUCAGGACUAAGUGGAGGGGCAGCUGGAGCCUGUGGUGGUGCUACAGGGUGGUCUUCAGGUGGAGCUGUUGGGGGUUCUGUGGAAGGAGCCACUGGAGGGGACAUUUCUUGGGCUGGAGAGGACUUUACAACUGGGGUGACAGAAGUGACUCCUGGGGGGCACUUUGGGUUGGCAGGAGCAACUGGUGGAUUAGUAGGAGGGAUCUCAGGGGAAACAGUUAGAGGAGUAUCUGAAGCAUCAGUGGGUACUGCUUGUGGCAGGUUAGUAGGUGGGUCAUCAGGUGGAUCAGCAAUGGGUGUUACCUGUGGUUCAGUACCAGAUACAGCCAGGAGAUCAAUGGGAGGGACUUCUAGAGGAUCAGUGGGAAGAGCUUCUGGGGGGUCACUGGGAGGAGUUUCUGGAGAACCACUGGUAAUGACAACUACUGGAGGAUCGUUAGGAAGGGCUUCUGAUGGAUCAGUGGGAGUUGUUUCUGUUGGGGCCUCUGGGGGAACGUUUGGAGGCAUUUCUAGUGACAUAACAGGAGGGAAUCAUGGAGGUUCACUGGGAAGGGCUCCUGGUGGAUCAACAACUAGCCAUAUAGGAGGAAGUCCAAGUGGGCCAGGGGGAGGGCUGAUUGGAGGACAUAUUGGCAGAGCAGUAGGAGGUGCAGUAGGGAGCCAUAUAGCUGGGUCUACAGCUUGCACUAGUGGAGGAGCCACUGGUGGAAUUACAGUUGGACUUAUCAGUUCCUCCCGUUGUCAGAGUCCUAUAUCUACCGGUUCAUCCAGCCCUUUGCCUGGUCAGCUUCUCCAUAACCAGCCACCUCCCAAGCCUCCUCUUGUGACUCCUCUGCAGCAAUUUGCUGGAGGAGGCAGGACUACCAGUGGCUUAAACCUCUUCCAGUCCCCCCCUCAAGGCUCCCCUUCCUCAAGUAGAGGACAGCACAGUCAGCAGCCUGCUGAGGGCUCCCCAUCCUCCCUCAGCCAUUUUACCCUGGCAGGCCUCCAGUCUGGCUGCUUGCCUCACCAGAUGUCAUUGGAGAGGUCUGCCUUGGCUUCCUUGGCCCAGUAUGGUUCAGCAAACGCCUCUCCCUGCCUUACCCCAGUGGCGCCCAGUCCCACAAUUCAAAGCCCAGUGGCAGGCAGGACUUUCCACUACAGUGACCCUUCCAGUGUCACAGGAUCCCACAGUUCUUUGCUUAUGCCUCAGUCUUCUCUCCCUUCACAGCUUCCCAGCCAGCCACACACAACAGGGAGAGAGUCUCCACUGGGACGCUUUUCUGAGGACCUAAAGCUUUUAUCCAGCUCACACCCAUCUCUGCCCCAGGAGGUCGCCCAGGCCUUAGGCCACCAAACUCCUCGCUCCUCUGUGGAAACUGGAUAUUACCCCUCACCAUUUUCCUCGCCUACUUUUGUGCCCAAACCCUGUAGCUCGGUGCCAGGGCACAUGACUCCUCCAAUCCAGAUGUCUCCGGGGCACCCUCACAAGACUCAGUCCCCUGGGGCCUCCCCAGCCUUGCCUCUACGGAGGGGCUCUGCUGCCUACUCACCAGAUUUAGAAACUCAAACUGUCCGCUCUAAACUCCCUUCCAAUUUGUGA